AUGAAAGCUCAACACCAACAGUUAAAAGACAUGCCCAAGCCAGAGGAGCGCAAAGACCAAGUUCGGCCAUCUCCGUGGCCAGAGGUGAGUUCACCCAACCAAUUGACCUCGCCGCACCGUGGUCCUUUAGAUCUCCUUGCAGGAGAAGCAGCUCGUGCACCCCGUACGGGUAUCAACCGCAAUGCUACAACACCCGGAUGUCCUGGUUCCAAACACAAGAAUGAUGUCUUAGCUGGGGCUACCUCGGAGGUGUAUGAUUCAGCAUCUAGAGACGGCCUGAGCGGAAUCAAUUUACACACCAACGGCACAGAAUUCUAUGGUAACUCUUCGAAUCUCGCCUUUCUUGGAAAUCUAUAUGCGCGAGCUCGCAAUCAAGCAGAAGCUAGAACAUCGAACAUACCCGAGAAUAUGUCUUCUAAUCUUCCAGAAGAGGGUUGCCGCCUGGCGCCGGACCAGCCAUCGAGUAUGAAAUAUGUCUCACCUCGACAAGCACUUCAACCUACGGUGGACAAGGAACCGUCAAACGCAAAGCCUGUGACGAGUGCGGCCCAACUAUCUAUAGUAAACCUACUUUACAAUCCAGGUUAUCCUAGUACCUCCCCACCUCAGAUCAACGGGCGGCCCGAGGAUGAUGGAAACAGACAAUCCUCAACGAUUGGGGACCAGAGGAUUCCGCCUCGACCUUUCGCUGAUAAUGAAGAUGCAGUGGGGCUAGCUAUCGGUGAGCUCUCCGACGAGGCACAACUUGAAAUUGAGAAGAUCUUCAUCGGCAGCUACUUUUCAAACAAACAUUAUAUACAUCCUAUGUUGUGUAAAAAUGCCUUCAUGCGAAGGUGUGAACAAGGAGCUUUCAUAGCUUCGAAACGAAGAACAUUCAGCCGUCAGCCAUCGAAGUUCAAAGGCUUAUAUUUCGCCGUGGUUGCCCUGGGUGCCAUUAAUGCCAGCCCUAAUGAGACCUCUCUCCUGGAUCAUUAUUCUACCUGUUCGGCUGACGGACGAAAAUAUAGCUUUGCAGGAAAGCCGUCAGCCUUGGAUUUUGCUGAUUUCUAUUUUGGCAUUACAAAACAAGCCCUCGGGGAUAUAUUCGAGAGCUGCUCCCUAGAGAGUGCUCAGGCUCUCUUGCUCCUUAGCGUAUUCUGUCAGAACGCUUUACGACCUCACAGCUGCUUCAUGUAUAGCGGGAUGGCAGUUAGAACAGCGAUCGCAAUUGGAUUGGCAUCUGGAAUGUCCUCAUUACCUCCAAGCAUACGCAAAGAAGGCCGACGAACCUGGUGGUGCAUAUACUCACAUGAAGUCGAAAUGUGCUGUUCCUCGGGGAGGCUGGAUAGCAUGAAGCAACUUGACCAUUACCAGGUCACCUUACCCCCAUUAAAGGCAAAUAACCGCGACACUCAUGACCCCGAGGCAGAGGAGGACGACGUAGCCAUGAUACCGGUCAUGGUAGCUUUAGCGCAGAUCAUGUCAGAGGCGUCUCAUCUGCUCUACCAUUCACCGAAACGCCCUACAAGUGAGAUGUCACAGAUUGCAAUGAGCCUUGAUAAUAAAUUAGAGGAGUGGAAAUCCAACCUACCCUCCUUCCUCAACGUAGACGUUGCCUCGCUCAACGAUUCGGAGUGGGCGUUCAAGCAGAAACUAGUCUUACGACUGAUGCCCAAAAAAAGGUGGUACAACACAACCUACGCCCUCUACGGAGCCAUGAUCCUCCUUCACCUAAUCCUCUCCGGCUUCCCAGGUAUAAGCGAGGAAGAGCUACUCCAGGAUGUCGAGAAAAGCCUCGAAAUAUUCGACUCGAUGACCAACAUCGUCGUCGCUCGCCGCUGCUCUGAGAUGAUCCGUGAAGUCCUCGACGUAGCCCGCGCGUGUGUCGCAAGGCGUCGAGCAAUACCCGCUGUACCUGUCUUACCCCCUCGUGCCGACACCAACACCGACUCAUCGAGCCUAGAGACAAAUAACAACCAGAGUGUACAUACCCGGGCGGAUAUGGCUCCGUUGGUGUCACAGGGCGAAGACGGAGAUUUCUUUUUCUCGCUCUUUAACCAAGACGCUCAGCCUGAUACCCGGGCUGAGAUCUUAGCUAAUCUAGUUGACCCGACGAUCUUGGAGGAUUUUGCGUUCGGAAAUGGGGGGAACGAUUUUUCGUACUUUCUGGGGUUGUGA